AUGUCAGAUAGGCAGGUGAUUGAAUCAUCUCUUGUGCUGGAAAAACUGGAAUUCUGCGACCCAGGGACCGGGUCAGAAAGAACCGGACAACGUGAAGAGUUGGUCAAGGAUGGGCACCGGCAGUCGCGACUGAAUGGAUGUGUCCCUUUGUCACAUCAAGUGGCAGGUCACAAAUAUGGCAUCGAUAAAAUGGGCAUACUUCAGCACCCAGACGGCACCGUGCUGAAGCAACUGCAGCCUCCUCCACGAGGUCCUCGCGAGAUGAACUUUUACACACAGGUGUACGCUGAAGACUGCACAGAUCCUAAGCUGCUAGAACUCCGACAACACCUGCCCAAGUUCUAUGGCACCUGGGUCUCACGCGAGUCCCCAGACGACCUUUAUCUGAAACUGGAGGAUGUGACCAGGAGCUUUCACCAGCCUUGCAUCAUGGAUGUGAAGAUUGGGAGGAAAAGCUACGACCCGUUCGCCUCGCAGGAGAAACGAGAACAACAAAUCAAGAAAUACCCGCUAAUGGAGGAGAUCGGUUUCCUGCUACUGGGCAUGAGGGUGUACCAGGUAAACUCUGGUAGCUAUAUCACGCAUGACCAGUUCUAUGGACGCAGUCUGAAGAAAGACACUCUCAAAGAAGGUUUGGCAAAAUUCUUCCACAAUGGAGAGCAGCUUAGGAAAGACGCUGUUUCUCUCAGCAUCUCUAAAGUCCGGAACAUUCUUCGUUGGUUUGAAGGCCAAAAGCAGCUGCAUUUCUAUGCCAGCUCUCUGCUGUUUGUCUACGAGGGUUCGCCUCAAACAGGAAAUGGAACGGCCGAGAGGGAAACUCCCAAAGACAGGCAAAACAAGAAAGGUGAGCCAGAGUUCAACAAUAAUUUCCAUACUCCCGUCUGUAAGCCUCAGGACCUAUCCUGCAGAUGCACCCCACAGAAGAGCGUCUGUGGUCGGGGUCUCUGUGAUGACUUUUCCCCCGACAUACAAGAGAAUGGAACAGGAGCUCACUUCGCACGUCACUAUCAUCUCGACCAACCCAAUGGAAAUGAACUGAAUGUAACAGAGGAGAGAGAGAAGAAGGAAAACAAUGGAAAGAACCUGGACACCAGUUUUGAGGAUGGAGACAGGGAUAGAGAGAGAGGGGGAGGGGGAGAGGUCAGGAUGAUCGACUUCGCCCACGUUUUCCCCAGCGACAGCCCGGACGAAGGCUACACCUACGGCCUGAGGAACCUUCUCUCCGCCCUGGAGCAGAUCCUCCAGAACUGACCUCAUUAAUCUCAAUCCCAAACUUAAUCUCAAUGCAUGUGCUCAGAUGCAAAC